AUUUGAGGAGAGGGGAAAAAAAGAAGUAAAAAAAAAACAGAUGCAAUGAGUCUCUCAUUUUCUUUUAGGUCAAUUCCUCAAAGAAAAUGAGUCAAGAGCAAAAUAUCUCUUUCCAUUUAAAUUUAGUUGUCCUGUUUGGCAGCGGAGAAUUUGACAGCCCAUUUGAAACUUGAGGAAAGAAAAAAAAAAACAGGAAAGAAAAUCGAAAGCUGGUCAAGCCUGCACUCCCAAAAAAGCAAAAAACCAAAUUAGCACAAACCCCAGGGAAGAACCCUAAAACACUGAAGAUGAUGAGUUUAAAAAAUGGAAUGUGGGGAUGGGGGAUAGGGGGUGGGGAUCGAGCGUCAUAGCACGUGCCAAGCUGAGACACGGACACACCCUCUUUUUGAGUCUUAUUUCUUCUUAAUUUCCACCGUGCUGUGAUCAUCCCAGCCCAGCCCAGCCCAGCCCAGAGGUGGCUUUCAUCUGCUUCUGCUUCCAGUGAAGGAGCUGCUCUGUGAUCAGUGGUGCUGGGGCUGUGGAAGUGUUUGAUCUGUGCUGCUCUGCUAAAUGGCUUCUGGGGCUUUCAUGAUGCCUUCAACUCUCUCUGUGUCCCUUUCUCAGGACUCGUAUCAAAGGUCAGCUGGAAUCCAUGGACUUGCUCCUCGCAUGUAUAAUUCAAAAUGGGAAAGCCUUCUCCAAAGGAGAAUCAAACACCUACAAUGUUUGGUUCCUGCAAAAAGGACUAAAAUCAUUCAGGCAUUGGCAAUUCCAGAUGCGCCGGCUUCGCUAGACAAUGCAGAGUGCAGAAAACGCCUAGCUGAGAGUUACGGUUAUACACAAAUUGGAGAACCACUUCCAGGAAAUGUUACAUUAAAAGAUAUUGUUGAAACAAUUCCGAAGAAGUUGUACGAGAUCGAUCACGUGAAAUCGUUGAAGGCACUUUCAUUCUCAGUUGGUACCUAUGCAUUGGGACUGUUCAUGACUUCACAAGCCCCCUGGUAUCUGCUUCCUUUUGCUUGGGCAUUGACAGGAACUGCAGCCUCAGGGUUGUUUUGCAUAGGUCAUGACUGUGGCCACAAAUCAUUUUGGAAGAACAAGUUAGUGGAAGACAUUAUUGGAACUUUGGUCUUUUUGCCGCUGAUAUAUCCAUACGAGGGAUGGCGUUUUGAGCACGAUCGGCAUCAUGCAAAAACAAACAUGUUGCAUGAGGAUUCAGGUUGGCACCCAAUUUGGAGAGAAGAUUUUGAAACAUCUCCACUUGCACGCAAGGCUAUGAUAUAUGGAUAUGGCCUCCUUCGGCCUUGGAUGACCAUAGCACACUGGUUGAUGUGGCACUUCGAUUCGAGCAAGUUCAGACCGAACGAAGCGAAAAGGGUGAAGUUAAGUGUGGCUUGUGUUUAUGCAUUUAUGGCAAUAGGAUGUCCAUUGCUUAUCUAUGAGACGGGGGUUACAGGUUUGAUCAACUACUGGUUAAUGCCGUGGCUGGUGUUUCACUUCUGGAUGAGCACUGUUACGAUGAUCCAUCACUCAUCUCCUCACAUACCUUUCAAAUCUCCAGAUGAGUGGAACCCAGUUAAGGCCCAGUUUAGCGGGACAACUCAUUGCGACUUCCCUUAUUGGAUAGAGGAAUUCUUGCAUCAUAUCAAUGUCCACCUCCCCCAUCAUCUUGUUCCCAAGAUACCAAGCUACAACUUGAGGGCAGCUCAUGAGUCUCUUCGAGAAAAUUGGGGCAAGUAUAUCAGUGAGGCUAAUUGGAAUUGGCGCUUGAUGAAGAUGAUAAUGACCGAGUGCCAUGUUCAUAAUCCAGAGCAAAAUUAUGUUGCAUUCGACGAGCUUGCUCCGGAAGAGGCUGGUUCGGUCUCUUUCAUCCGGAAAAUGAUGCCUGACUGGACUUAGUUUUGUCACAUGCCUCAUGGGUUUCACAGCAUUUUGGUUUCUCUCAUCCUAUCUUUCUGCUGAGGAGGAUCAAGUUGCUGGCAUGCAUGUAAAAAGUUUUUUUCUUGUAGUCUGGAUUAUGAACAUGGUUACAGGACUUGAUAAGAGUCUACUAAAUAAAGUCUGGAUACUUAUCA